AUGUCAUUCCCUUACGAGUACAUCUUCAAGUAUAUCAUCAUUGGUGAUAUGGGUGUUGGCAAGAGUUGCCUGUUGCAUCAGUUCACAGAGAAUAAGUUCGUCCCUGACAACCCACAUACCAUUGGUGUAGAGUUUGGUACCAGAAUAGUGGAUGUAAAUAAUAAGAAGAUUAAGCUGCAGAUUUGGGAUACGGCCGGACAGGAGAGAUUCAGGGCUGUGACCAGAAGCUAUUAUAGAGGUGCCGCUGGUGCACUGCUGGUUUACGACAUCACUCGCAGAAUCACAUACAACCAUCUGACCAACUGGCUGACCGACGCGAGAAACCUCACCAACCCCAACACAGUCAUCAUGCUCAUUGGCAACAAGAAGGACCUCGAGGGUCAGAGAGACGUCACCUACGAAGAGGCCAGCACUUUUGCCAAGCAGAACGGUCUUAUCUUUGUUGAGUCCAGUGCUAAGACUGGAGAGAAUGUAGAGGAGGCCUUUUUGAGAACAGCCAAGCUUAUCUUCCAGAGUGUACAAGAAGGAAACGUUGAUUUGAUUCCAGAUGGCGGCGUCACAAAGAGCAACAACGUACCAGCCCUCGCCCCACCAGCAGAACAGAAGAAAGGAUGUUGCUAA